UUGGUUAUAUUCAGGUCCUCCCUAUGUUGAAGAGACUAGACAUGACAUGUUCUCGUAACCUGAGAGAACUUCUAGGUCUGUCAGGAGCCAAAAAGCUCGAAGAGUUGCUAAUGGAAGGCACAACGAGAGUGAAGCAACUCCCAAUGUCCAUUGAAAGCUUAUCUAGUCUGCAAACACUCAAUUUAUCCCACUGUGGUUUAGUGCAUCUCCCAAUCCGUAUAUCAGAAACGAAUAUCACUCUGAAAAACGAGAAUAGGGAACGCCGGCAAAUAAUACUAGAAUUUCCCAGAGAUAAAAAGGGCAUACGUUUUCUUGCAAAUCUGUCCAUUGAGGGGAGGUUACAUAUUCCGUUGUCGCAUCUCACAGGAAAAGCAGAGCACUUCUCCUGUAUAACCAAGCAAAAAACUCCUGAUGAAGCGAUGGGGAUGCUAUUUGAAGCCGUCCAGCAGAGCGAAAGCUUUUCUGAAUUUGGAACACUCCACAUCAAGCGGAUCAAGUACAUUGAGGAAGAUGCUCCUUUUGCGUGUAACAGCUUCUCAGGCUUUCCUUUCUUGGCGGAGUUAAAACUGAUCAACUUAAACAUCAAGAAAAUCCCAGACAACAUUGAUCAAUUGCAGUCACUAGAGAAACUGGACCUCAGUGGAAAUGAUUUCGCAAGUUUACCCACAACUAUGGAGAACCUUUCCAAGUUAAGAACUGUCAUCCUUUGUAACUGCACUAAACUUGAGGCGUUGCCGGAGCUGAUUCAUUUGCAGACACUCAAACUAUCCCGCUGUUCAAAUCUUAGAUCACUGGUGGAACUCUCUACCCUGAAUCCCACCAAAGUAAGAUAUGGUAUGCUAGAGCUUGGGCUUGACAACUGCAAAAGUGUUCAAUCCUUGUCAGAACAGCUAAGUCAUUUCCCCAGUUUGAUACACUUGGACCUAAGCAGACAUGACUUUGAGGCACUACCUGAAAGCAUCAUAAACCUCUUAUCUUUGGGAACGCUCUGCAUCAAUAACUGCAAGGAACUCAAAUCAGUGGAAGAGCUUCCACAGAACCUUAAGCAUCUAUACACACAUGGCUGCAAUUCUCUAGAGUAUCUCUGCCUUUUCUACAACAAUUCUAUUGAACACCUCGAUCUUAGCAAUUGCUGCAGCCUGCAAGAAGGUGAAUCUACUACGUUGGCUCGAAUUCUAGAUGACGGAUAUAGCAAUGCGGUAAUUACAUCAAGAUUUGCAUGCUUACCGGGAGCCGAAGUGCCUAGUUAUCUAGAUAAUCAAACCCUAGGGACAUCUACUAGGAUCAGCCUAAUCGAAGGUAGGCUUACCUCCAAAAUUUUGGGUAUAGUUGCCUGUGUCAUGGUUGCUUGCUAGACGUCCUUCAAUCUCCAGUUUC